GGCCAAGAGGACACAUGGAAGAGCCAAGAGGACACAUGGAGGGGCCAAAAGGACCCGUGGAAGAGCCAAAAGGACCCGUGGAAGAGCCAAAAGGACCCGUGGAAGAGCCAAAAGGACCCGUGGAAGAGCCAAAAGGACCCGUGGAAGAGCCAAAAGGACCCGUGGAAGAGCCAAAAGGACCCGUGGAAGAGCCAAAAGGACCCGUGGAAGAGCCAAAAGGACCCGUGGAAGAGCCAAAAGGACCCGUGGAAGAGCCAAAAGGACCCGUGGAAGAGACCCGUGGAAGAGCCAAAAGGACCCGUGGAAGAGCCAAAAGGACCCGUGGAAGAGCCAAAAGGACCCGUGGAAGAGCCAAAAGGACCUCCAUGGAAGAGCCAAGAGGACCCAUGGAAGGGCCAAAAGGACCCGUGGCUGCAGCCGGCUCAACUCGAGCUACCUUUUCGUGCAGUGGGAUGACACGUUUUGGGAUGAUUCCUUGCUGUUUGUUGGGAAUGUUGGUGCCAUGCUGGAACAACGCAAUGUGGAAGCUUCUCCAAUGCUCCUUGUUGGCACCAUGGAUGGCUGCUGGUGGGAGAAGUGGUCUGGCUGCAGGUCCCCGGCCAUCGGCGUUCCCGUGUGCCGGCGCAGGACUUUUAUCCGAGUGGCCCAGCACAAUCGGCGAGGGAUGGAGAAAGCUGUCCCGAGCUUCUCAGAGCGCCAAGGGGAUGGAGGCAGAGCCCUGUUGAUGCCACCAGAGCCAACCAACGAGUCUUUUCCAGCCCUGGAGUGUCCCCAAGGGGAUGAGCGAAGAGGAGCUUUCCUUCAGGAUGCAAAGAAAGCCCUGGAGAACCCGGCGUUAGCUGGGAGCUCGCUGGAAACGGAGGCAGAGCUUGAGGAAGAUGCUUUCUAUGCUGAGGAUGAUCUGGAGACCAUGAGCAGGGAGGGGAAGGGACCCUCCAGCAUUGAGCUGUGCCCGUUGCAAGAGGAACCUGACUUCUUCUCAUCACUGGCCCGUCAAGAGCCCGAUGUCGCCCUGGAGGCACAUGAUGUUGCUG